GGCCGUGAAGGCGGCGGAGGCUCGAGCCCGGAGCGUGCGGGGGUCGAGCGGCUGGCUCCAGCGGAACGAAGCGCCGCGCCGUGCUGUGCUGCCGACUCGGACGCCCGCCGCUGAGCCAUGGAGAUUGGCACCGAGAUCAGCCGAAAGAUCCGGAGUGCCAUUAAAGGGAAAUUGCAAGAAUUAGGAGCUUACGUGGACGAAGAACUUCCUGAUUACAUUAUGGUGAUGGUGGCCAACAAGAAAAGUCAGGACCAAAUGACAGAGGACCUGUCCCUGUUUCUAGGGAACAACACAGUUCGGUUCACCGUGUGGCUUCACGGUGUAUUAGAUAAGCUUCGUUCUGUUACAACUGAGCCUUCUAGUCUAAAGUCUCCGGAUACCAACAUCUUUGAUAGUAAUGUGCCUUCAAACAAGAGCAGUUUCAGCCGGGGAGAUGAGAGAAGGCAUGAAGCCACAGUGCCUCCCCUCACCAUUUCUAGUACUAGAUCUGAGAAAAGAGAUUCCAGAGGUUCUUCAAGUUCACAGGAACAGAAAACCACUAGUGUUAGACAGACUUAUGAUGAUGGUGCUGCAACCCGACUAAUGUCAACAGUGAAACCCUUGAGGGAGCCGGCACUCUCUGAAGAUGUGAUUGACAUUAAGCCAGAGCCAGAUGACCUCAUUGAUGAAGACCUCAAUUUUGUACAAGAGAAUCCUUUAUCUCAGAAGAAACCUACAGUGACACUUACAUACGGUUCCUCUCGUCCUUCUAUUGAAAUUUAUCGACCACCUGCAAGUAGAAAUGCAGAUGGUGGUGGUCAUUUAAAUAGGUUGCAAUUUCAGCAGCAGCAAAACAGUAUUCAUGCUGCCAAGCAACUCGAAAUACAGAAUAGCCAGGUGUAUGAAACAGGACGUUUGUGCGAACCAGAAUUGCUUAACAGUUUGGAAGAGACUUACAGUCCCUUCUUCAGAACCAGCUUGGAAAAAAUGAGUAUGGAGGAUGAAAACUUUCGGAAGAGAAAGUUGCCUAUGGUAAGUUCAGUGGUUAAAGUAAAAAAAUUCAGUCAUGAUGGAGAAGAGGAGGAAGAAGAUGAUGAUUUUGGCUCCCGAACAGGAAGUGUGUCCAGCAGUGUGUCAGUGCCAGCAAAACCUGAAAGGAGACCUUCUCUUCCACCUUCUAAACAAGCAAACAAGAAUCUAAUUUUGAAGGCUAUUUCUGAAGCUCAAGAAUCUGUAACAAGAACAACUAACUAUUCUGCAGUCCCACAGAAACAAACACUUCCAGUUGCUCCCAGAACUCGAACUUCUCAAGAAGAAUUGUUAGCAGAAGUAGUCCAAGGGCAAAGUAGGACACCUAGAAUAAGUACCCCCAUUAAAGAAGAGGAAACAAAAGGAGAUUCAAUAGAAAAAAACCAAGCUCCCUGGGAGGCUGAGAUACACGAUCAAGUUUCAGAAGCAGCACAGACGUCCAUGUCCAUAUGGCUUCCCUACUCGUCCAGAGCUCAGCAGAGGCAGUUGUUGCCCCGACUGCACAUCGACCCGGUCAUGGCAGAGACGCUGGAACUUAGCCAAGAUUACUAUGACAUGGAAUCCAUGGUCCAUGCAGACACAAGAUCAUUUAUUCUGAAGAAGCCAAAGCUGUCUGAGGAAAUAGUAGUGGCACCAAACCAAGAGUCGGGGAUGAAGACUGCAGAUACCCUUCGGGUACUUUCAGGACACCUUAUGCAGACACGAGAUCUUGUACAACCAGAUAAACCUGCAAGUCCCAAGUUUAUAGUGACGCUGGAUGGUGUCCCCAGCCCCCCAGGAUACAUGUCAGAUCAAGAGGAGGACAUGUGCUUUGAAGGAGUGAAACCCGUAAACCCAGCUGCAGCCUCUCACAAGGGACUCAGAGGGCUCCUCCACCCACAGCAGUUGAUGAGCAGGCAGCUUGAGGACCCAGGUGGUAGCUUUUCCAACGCUGAGAUGAGUGAACUGAGUAUGGCGCAGAAGCCAGAAAAGCUGUUGGAACGCUGCAAGUAUUGGCCGGCUUGUAAAAAUGGGGACGAGUGCGUGUACCAUCACCCUGUCGCGCCUUGCAAAGCCUUCCCCAAUUGUAAAUUUGCUGAAAAAUGUUUGUUUGUUCAUCCAAAUUGUAAAUAUGACGCUAAGUGCACUAAGCCAGACUGCCCCUUCACGCACCUGAGCAGGAGAGCGCCAGUGCUGCCCCCAAAGCCAGUUACAACACCAUCACCAUCCUCUAGUGGUCAGCUCUGCCGUUACUUUCCAGCUUGUAAGAAAAUGGAGUGUCCUUUCUAUCAUCCAAAACACUGUAGAUUUAACACUCAGUGCACAAGACCGGACUGCACAUUUUAUCAUCCCACCAUUGCUGUACCACCAAGACAUGCCUUGAAGUGGAUUCGACCACAAACUAGCGAAUGACACCCAGUCUUAGCUGGCAGAAGAUCGUGCAGUUUGAUGAAAGACUAUUGAACUUGUCAAAUCUUUGAAGCUUGGAAUAUAUUGCUAUCAUAAUACGAAGUUUAUUGCCUAUUUGAAGUGUCUAAUUUUUCAAGUUUGUAAGUUUAUUAAGUGAUUUUAACAUUGGGGUUUUGUUGUUGCUAUUUUAUUUUUACAGUGGAAAGGCAGUUUGGGAACAGCUCUACUGCUAUUAAACAGCAUUUGCAGUGGCAUAUCUUUGACAGCACUGCAGUUGGAGCAGAACUGUCAGGAGGCCAGUGUCCUGAAAGUUUGAAUUAGUGCUUCCCCAAAGAGCAUGUGUUUGUAAUGAGGGGCCAGAGGUACUGUGAGGCAGCUUAAAGUAGCCGUUCAAAUCUGCUUUUAAUUGUUAAAUGAACACACUUAGAAAAGCAUGAUAAUAACAGCCACGUGGUCACUACUUUGGUAGUAUGCUUCCCUUGCCUUCUGUGAAUGAUGUGGCAUGUAGGGUGAAAACAAGUACAAAAGACAUAAACAGCUCCUUAAAAUGAUUUCAUUUACUGUUAACAUACUUUUAAAAUAAAUUUUUUUGGGGACUACAUUAUCACAAAAUGAUAGGAAAGUUUUUACAAGUAUAUACAUAAAGUACCAGAAAACAGACUUUAAACUCACAAGAUUAUAUACAUAUAUAUAUUCCCACAUUCUGAAAAAUAACAUACUCAGAAAUAAGUCUACCGAAAAUAUACUUAGUUAUUACCGAAGAUAAUUUUUGAAAUGUAAAAACUAGAUUUAAGUAGUAUAUUUUAAAUGACAGAACUAUAUAAUUAUAGAGCGCUCAGAUGGGUAAAUACAGAAUUCAACAAAACUUGGCCUACUGUAUUGAUGAUGGAGUUUUUGUGUGUUUGGUUUUUAUAAUUGUUAAGGCAAGAAGUGUCAUGUUUGAAAAUUAAUUAACAUGGAAAAUUGAUUUCAAAGACUCAAUGUAUAUAUAGUAGUUUUCAAAAUUAAAAGCUUUAUGAAGUGGUUAGUAAAGGGUGAAUUACUAGAAAAGGAAUUAUAGACUCUCAAAUAUUUUCAGGACCAAAUUACACUGUAAAAAUUUUAAAAGUUAACUGAUUAGCACAUAGUCAUAUGCACAAAAGAUGGAUAAUAAACACUGUGAAAGUUCAUGUUUAAGAUUGUAAGCCAGCCUUCUGCUGUUGGAAUCAUUAUUCUUUCCCUAGGAAAUAAAAGAAUCCACUUGAACUUGGUUGUACCAUCCCCAAAGUAAACACUCAAGACCAAAGGCAGCAAACACACAGGGCCUGCCCUGAAGCUGCUGUGUUUAGGCAUACGUGAAAUGACGGUUCUACUUCAUUCUGAGUGUAUGUUUAAGGCAUGUUUUCAUUGUAGUGUUAAGAUGUGUUGCAUCUUUGCAUAAGAACUUUGUUUUAAAAUGUUUCUAUUUCUGAAAAUACAGUUUUUUAUUUAUAAAUGA